AUGGCGCUCUCGUGGUGGCUGCCUGCGGCUGCUCUGCUGCUGGUGGCGGUGGGGGCCGCCUCCCUGGCUCUGUACCGGUGGCGGCGCUACAGCACGUUCUUCUCGCGCCGCGGCGUCCCCUGGGCCCCCCCGCUGCCGCUGGUGGGCAACAUGCUGGACGUGGUGCUGGGCAGGAGGUCCUUCGUCGACGUCGCUGCCCGUCUGUACCGACAGCUGGAGCCCUACUCUUAUGCGGGGGUCUACAAUUUAGCGAGCCCAGUGUUGCUGGUGAGGGAUCCCGAAAUCGUCCACGCCAUCACCACCACCGAUUUUGACCAUUUCACCGAUCACGCCGAUUUCAUGAGCGUCGACGGGUGCAACCCACUACUGCAGCGAAUGAUUCUCGCACUGAAAGGAACAGAAUGGCGUGAUAUGCGGACCAUAUUAACUCCUGCAUUUUCCGUAGUGAAGAUGAAGAGCAUGUUUAUGCCGAUGUCAGAGAUUUGCCAACAGAUGACUGAUUAUCUAGACAAGAAAAUUGCCGAAUAUCCAGCUUCCUCAAGAAAGGAAGACAUCUUCACCGUAGAGAUGAAGGACCUCUUCACCCGGGUGGCGAACGACAUAAUUGCAACGACGGCUUUUGGUCUCAAGGUGGAUUCGCUGAUGGACCGCGACAACAGUUUAUACCGCAUGGGCCGCAGACUGACGAAGGUAAACCCCCUUACCGCUGCUGGUUACUUCGUAUCGCCGAGGAUCAUGCAGGUGCUGGGCAUCCCAUUCUUCGACCGAAAGUCGGUGCAAUUCUUCAGGUCAAUGGUAAGGGACGCAAUUCAGGCCAGAAAGAGGGAGGGUAUCGUUCGUCCGGACGUGAUAAAUUUGCUACUGCAAGCACGCCGAGGUGACGUAAACUCUGAGGAGCAAGAGAAGAUCGGACCUACAAAACGCGAUGUUAUGACUCUGACUGACGACGACAUCGCGGCGCAGGCUCUGAUAUUUUUCUUCGGUGGCUUCGAAAACGUGUCAACAGCGCUGGCCUUCUGCAGCCACCUGCUGGCUACACACGCGGAGGUGCAGCGGCGCCUGCUGGACGAGGUGGACGAUCUGAUGCAGAAGAGCGGGGGCCAGCCCAGCUACGAGCAGGUCAUGGCCAGCCAGUACCUCGACAUGGUCGUCUCCGAGUCGCUCCGGAUGUACCCGUCUGCCUUCGUCCUCGACCGCCAGUGCGUGCGACCCUACCGCCUGCCGGCCACAGAGCACUGCCGGGGAGUCGAACUGCGGCCCGGGGACGACGUCUGGGUGUUCGUCCACGCCAUCCACAACGACCCCAAGUACUUCCCACAGCCAGAGCGCUUCGACCCGCAGCGCUUUAGCCCCGAGAACAGGCGCAGCAUCAACAAGUCCAGUUACUUCCCCUUCGGAUCUGGGCCUCGCAUGUGCAUUGCGCAGAGGUUCGCGCUGAUGGAGGUGAAGCUGGUGCUGGUGCACCUGCUGGCGCGGUUCAGCCUGGUGGCCGUCGCCGAAACGCCGGCGACUCUCCAGACGGACCCCAGCAGUCUGACGAUGGCCAUUAAGGGCGGCAGCUGGCUCGGGGUGCAGCGCAGACGUCGAACACAAUUGGACAGCGAAGUUGGCUCGUUCGGGGGCUCUCGAGAGAGCGUGUUAAUGAGAAAUUUGUAACUGGUACUACUCUAGUACAAGAAUCUUGUAUUCUGUAGAAUAUGAGAGCAGAAGGGGAUCACAGGUAGUCCGUGGAGAACUUUUCAGCUGACGCGCAACACUUGCGACAUACAAAUUCGAGGUCUGUAAAUAAGUAAUGACUCAGAUUUUUUACGAGAAUCUUAAGAAGAAAGUAGAGCUGUCUCCAACUCGAAGGAUCGUUUUAACACGGCAGUGCUUUAUUAGGCGUUGUUAAAUUGAAGAGAAUAUGUUUUUGAAUUUCUCCAAUUUUUCGACAAAUAACUAGCCAGCUACAGAAUUACCUGCAGUGGCCUCCCCACCACAGUGAAGUUUCUUCAUCAACAGAGGUGAAAGCUGUGAUAACACAUAAAUCUGAAGACCGCCUGACGAUUAAAUCUCGGACAUGUGGAGUCUGACAACCACUAUAUCACCUCGCAGUAUGCAAGUUACACACAGAAUACGCACAGUAAACUACAAAUUUAGUCUGCCGCUUUCAAAUUACUCUUCUUGGAAAGUACCUGCUAUUGUAAUGAUCCUACGCACCUCUGGUAAUCAAGCAUGUAAUCUGCCUCUAUUACUCGCCCACAGUGUUAUUGCGCCUGGGAGUUUGGGCCCUUCGGUCAGUUUAUCGAGCGUUUUUACCCUGAUAAUUCACGAGGAUACGCUAAACCACUUGAUAAUAUAUGCACAGCUGUGCCGAACACAUUCACUGUGCGAUGCGGUUUCCUUGGCCACCACCGUGCCUGUGACGUCACCGCAUGUUUCCUGCAUCAGCCGUGGGAGUCCAGGUACAAUGAUAUCGUGGUUAGGUAGUACACUUAUAUUCUGAAAAAUACCUUACGGUGCGUUGUGGAAGGUAGUUGCGGCUCCACUAUCGUUCGCUCUCCCUUCUCCUUUCCAUUCCUGUAUUGCAAGUGGGAAUAACCGCAGCCAGUAAACCUCUGUAACGGCUCCAAUUUAUCUAACUCAUCUUGUUGUAGUCAUUUCGCGUGAAACAUAGCAGGAAAUAAUACGUUCACUGUUUCCUCUUGGAAUAUUUAUUUUCUAAAUUUCAAUAACAAACCUCUCCUUGAUACUCAACUCUUAUCUUGUAAAAUCUUGCAGUUUACUAAACAUCUCCAUAACGGCCUCGCGCUUCUUAAACGAUACCAUAACAAAACGUGACACACUUCUUUGCAUUUUCUCAAUUUCUUCUAUUAAUCCAGCCUGGAAAUGGUCCCAGACUCACGAAAAACAUUCAACAAAACGUUUUACAAUUGUUCUGAAAGCCACUUAUUUUGUGGAUGAAUUCUAUUUCCAAAUUUUUAUUCCAGUGACUCUCAGCCUGGCAACUGUUUCCUCUACUGUUCGUUUUAUGCGGCCGUUCCACUUGCGUCUGUCCGGUCGGACAGUUACUCCUUGGUAUCUUACAGCUGGUACUGUUUCCAGCGGUUUACCACUGAUAUUGUAGUAGUUGUAUUAGAUCACCUGUACAAGGGUAUUGGACAUAUUGUGCCAUUACAAUUUAAGAAAUAACAAGAUUUAUUUGUAUAGACAUUUGUAUAAUUACAGAUCUGGUUUGACAGGGAUGGGACGAGUGGUUGGUCGUGGACUGAGAGCAGGAACUAUUGCAAUAUUUUCUUGAAGUGGUUUGGAGGAAACAAGAACAAACAAAAUCUGGAUGGUAAUAUUAAGACUGAAUCUUUUACUCUCCCACGUACAAGACUGGCUCAGACUCAUUGGAAUAAUAAUUAAGAAGUAUAAUUCAUGCAGAAAAGAAGUGGUCGACAAAACAUUGUUUAAAGCAGUGCUAUCUUAUUCGGUUUAUCCCUAGAACAAAUGCUAUUUCUCAAGGAAGAUAUUUAAUAAUUUACACACUGUAAAACACUACCUCUCACUCUCAUUGACUGUACACAUUUACACACUUCGCACACUACAUAUAAUACAUACACAUUAUUUCCUAACAAUGUACACAGCAUCAGCUGACGUCAUGACAUUAGUGAUGAAGUUUGUUUCCAUUUUGUGUACCACAACUCGUUUGCUAGCCUCAAAAACCGACUCACUGUCCUUCUAUGUGGAGUCAGAUGUUCAACUUAGAAAGAAGAUGAAAUACUAGUAUUAUACAGUGCUCACCUUUGAGAGCAAGUAUUUCCAGGUAAGAAAAAGAAGAACGAAAGAAAACAAAGUUAGUGUAUAAGUGUUAUUUGAAAUCAGGUUUUAGCAUUAUUAUCGUUAUAAUCGUCUACUUGUGUUAUAUUUUUUGUCAAAUCCCUAACCAGAGUUAUUUAAGUAAUCCUUCAUUGUAUAAAACGCAUUGCUUAACAGGUGUUUUAACCGCCUUUUUAAAUAAGUUACUGUUAGUAAUCUCUUUAAUCUCCUUGGUCAAUCUAUUGUGCAAUUUUAUUCGUAUGUAGAAAACUGUUUUCUGAUUUCUAUUGGUAUUUUGUAAUUGUAAAUUCAGUGUAGAUCUCGUUCCAUGGUCAUGACAGAGCUGUUUGUGCAGUAAUUAUCAUGAAUGAGUUUAUUUGUGAUGCAUGCAACUAACUGAUUAUGUACUCACACGCUGUCUUUAAUAUCUCCAUUGUUUCUUACAUAUCUUUACAAUAAACUC